CACAAACACCACCUUGGACCAAACGUUUCCUUUUUUACUACUGCCUCUCACGACUGACCCUCUUUCAUUCCUCCUCUCUUCACCUCCUUCCAUCCGCACUUUCAACACCCUUUUCCUCUCGAGACUGCCGUCCUGAGCCGACGCUGCUCGUCGCGACUCGUCACUCUCGCGCACUAACACGAGUGUGACUCCAGUCGCGUACCCACGGGUAUACGUACACUUACAUCCAGCUCGCACCGCGACUAAGGCAUCACAAGACCCGCCCGCAUUACGUGACUCAACAGCGGAAGCAGCGCUUGUGUCGUCUUCUGUAACUUUCCGCGCUUACGAGAGCAACACCACAUGAGAAUUUGAAUCUCCGACCAGUCAACGCCUGCGACAAGAUAGACGCAUCGUCUCCAGCAUCACACCGGCAUACCUGCGCCGAGGGGGAACCGCGGUCCCCUGCCCAAUUUGGCCAGUCAUGAGCGGUGGAAGCACUCUCGAACACAUCGACGCCGUCGAUGCCUUCGCCAGGACCCUUUUCAUCCGAGCCAAACAGUACCCGAAUCCGUCUCUAAGCGACGUUUCCACUGCCGUGCGCCACCUCCACCUGGCCUUGCGCCAUCUGCGCGUCGAGGCUGCCGACCCGGACUCACUCCUCAACAGAGGCACAGAUUCUACAGUGUAUACUCGCCAAAUACAGCCCAUUGUACAAGACAGCGAUUUCGCACUCAAGCAGCUCGAAACCGUCCUUGACAAGUAUGACGCCAACGGCGGCCGUGAGGUAGAUGGCAUGGCGGACCGGUUGGCCACUGUCCGAUCACGGCUCAUCAACGAAAGGACUACGGUCGACAUGUUCUUAGACACUGUGCAGUUGCACAACCCCGCCAACAGGUCUGCUUGCAAUACCGUCCAGAGGAGCGAAGCCAGCCUUGAGGGCAUCAAGGACAAAGUCGACAAGAUUGCGACCAAGCUCUUCAGCCGCCGCGACAGCACCGGCAUGGCGGACGAUGAGGACCGACUGUGGCAAGAAUUCAAGUUGGAGCUCGAAAAGGAAGGCUUUUCGUCUGACGUUCUCCGUCAACAUAAGGAGAUUCUGCGGGCCUACAUCCGCGAACUGGAGACCAUGUCAAGCCUCAACGGUGGUCCCCCACCUACAGUCCGCGGGAUGCUUGAACAUCAUAGCCGCGUGCUUGUACCACCACCUGUACCACCAAAGAUUCCCCAAAAGGAAGUGGCCCAUCCCAGCAUGGAUAAUGAGAAGUGUUUCGUGAGCAUGAAGGAUGAACGGCGUAUGCCCUGCGACGCCCCUAUUGCACCGCCGCCUCACAAUGAACACUAUUCGUUCUCGUCCGAUGAUGCGGGAAGUGAUUCGGGGGAGUCUAUGGCCCUCAUUUCUACCAAGGAUCUGAUGGCCAUGGACAGUAUCCAUUCGGGCAUGGCCGGCCUGACCGUGCAACCACCCAGCCCAAACGGUUAUGGAGUCUCGCCAAGGAGCCAUCAAAAGUAUCUGACUUCUGGCGUCGCUGGCACGUUGCCGCCACCUGGCCCUGCCGAACUCUCUGGGUCUCCUAAUUCUCAGCUUGGAUCAUCGCCAAACUACGUCCAUCCAUUUCCACCUUAUGGAGUUGCCGGCCAGCAGCCACCAGCAUAUGGUUCCAGCCCUAGGUCCAUGCCGCCGCGCUUGGCCCCUGACCGUUAUGGUCAAGAUAUUCCACUCGAUGCCCCAUGGACGAAGAUUAAGCGCUCCCUGGUCAGUCCUGAGGUUCUUGAGCGUGCCGGCGUGAGAUAUGAGGCUCGACCGGAGUACGUCGCCGUCCUAGGACGCCUCAGCCGCGAGCAGAUCGCCGCGUUUGCCCAGCAGAGCGCCGACUGUCGUACAGCGAGGUCUAGCAAGUAUGCGCCUCCUAGAAGAGACGGAAAGCAUGAGCAUGAGAGACCGAGAGCAGAUUCGAAAAGCAGUCGGGAUGAUGACGAUGAUGAUAGCGUGUUAUGGGAUGAGAGCGAUACCACCGACUACGAUGACGAUAAAACGCUCGACAAGGGCACCAAGAGCUACCCGUACAUCGUGAACCCUCCGACAAAGGACAAGGCGUCUCCCUCUAGCACCGUUAUGCCCAAGCCGAUACUGAAGAACAAGAACGAGAAUCACGUGCGCUUCGACCCGGAGCCCCACGAAGUGGACUCGAGGAAUGGCUCUCUCAAAGAUGAGCGCGAGCGGCGUCGAGACGGGAGUUCAAGAAGAUAUCGUGACCCACGCGACCGAGAAGGAUCGGGUCGUGGCCGCGACGGAUAUCGGCGCGAGAGCGAACGAGAUCGAUAUAGCGACAAGCAUCGCGGGUACGAUGGUGACUACCAUCGCCCCCACCGUCGGGGUGACCGUGAUCGACGAGGCGACCGCAAGGAAGAUCGAACGAUGAAAAAGAAAGCCUGGGGCGAGACGCUCGGUGCCGUGGGUAUUGGCGGCGCCGCUGCCAGUCUCUUAGGCGUUCUCGCCGAGGCUGCCGUCGGCAUGUAACACACAGCACGUGAGACUUCGACAAGAAUUAGGAUCAUGUCGCAAAACAUACCUCGACUCAUAUCCACGACGCUUCGCAUGAGAUGCUUGCAUCUUGACCAGCUUGCAACAUACUCGUUUGGAUACUUUGGAACUGUACUUUUCAACCUUUUAUUUCUACAUGAGUCAAUUUGUGAAGCAAGGGCCAAGGAGGGCAGGGCGGUUGCAAGUGGCACAAUUUCGGGGACUACAGCACCCUGAGACGAGACUUUAUUUGAUGUACACGCUGACACGACUUACGAUAUGAACAUUGAGCUUGGCUAGAUGCAACGUUGGACCGCUAUUGUAGGUUAGUGUAGGACAUGGGACAUUAGCUAGAUACCCUACUGGCGAAUGGAUACAAAGCAUGAGGCGUCGAUGUUUGCUGACAUGACCUCAUAUGGUACAAGGCGAUGAUGGUGCCGUGUCGUGCAGAUAUUUGGACUUGACAAUUAUACAUUUACGCUGCAAUGUAUGCGUAGGCUUUACCCUGCC